CAACCGAUCCCUGGUUGAGAUCGGUUUGGGUCCGGCUCCGUCGUCGCCCCGAAGUCAACAACAACUCUGGGCCGGAGGGAGGCGAGGCGUCCGCGUUCCCCGCCCAGUAACAUUAACAUUAACAUAUAUAAAGAACGCAUAAAACUCACAAAACUCUCUUGAGCGACCACUACAGGAGCGAACGAUGAGGUGUGAGGAGGCCUGAGCAGGCCUGAGCAGGCCUCGCCGCAGGAACCCUGGCAGAUUUGUCUGAAUUACUUUAUUCAUGAAAAUGAAGCAAAGAAGUUUUCACCGCACCCAAGACAAAGGAGCAAUAAAACACCAUGUAAGAAUGGAUGCAACUCACGAAAACAUUAAUGGGGAAAAUUCAGAAGUAGAUGAUGUUGGAACGGAAGACACCUUGCACAAAGAUGAGGAUUUAGAGACCAUUAAUGGAUAUGAUGAAGAUGAACCUUCAAAGCAAGAGGAUGAAGUUUUUAAAUCAAAAGUAUUUGUAGAAGCUGCUAAUGAUGAUUUAGAAAGUAGUUUUUCAACAGAAGAAGAGUACAAUGAAGAGAUUGAUGAGGAACUGACGGCAAUGUACUGUCUGCUUUGGAAGAUAAUUAAUUACUCUCUGGGAGUUAUGGCUGUUCUAGUCCUCCUCACUCAAUACCCACAGUAUUUAAACAUUCUCCAUGAAAAUCAGCUGUGGUUUUCAAACAUUAAGGAGAUUGAGAGGGAAAUAUCCUUCCGAACUGAGCAGGGUCUAUAUUACUCAUACUUCAAGCAAAUAAUUGACGCUCCAUCGUGGAUUGAGGGUUGUAAUGAACUGAUGACAGACAAUCGGACGGAGCAUGGUCGCACUAUCAACAUAAUACACCGGUUCAAUGUCUUGCCAGAAAUGAUCCUUGGUGCUGCUUUCAGAUGGCUGUCUUCUCAAGAGGCUCCGAGCGUAUUUUACGUUUCAUGUGUCUUUGGGCUGCAUGGAAUGUUUAUUGUUACUCUGUAUAUCACUGCUUGGUAUCUCAGUGAUUCUAUUCUUGCUGGAAUGAUAGCAGUAAUCCUCUUCAUUAUUCACAGAAUUGACACAACCAGAGUCAACUACACCGUCCCCCUCAGAGAGAGUUUUGCCAUUCCUCUUCUUUUUCUUCAAAUAUUUCUUAUGUGCACCUUUAUCAGAUCAGGGAGAUGGCAGAGUGUUAAGCUGGCACUUAUAUUAGUGGUGAGUGUGGCUUUCCUGCAGAGUUGGCAGUUUGGACCCUUCGUUGCUCUGUGUCAGCUGUUCUGCUUCCUGUGCCUUGGAAGGUCACUCUUUUUGUCAGAAGCAAAGGUGAUGAAGCUGGUAGCGGUGGUAGGAGUAUCACUGGUGGUUUCUUGUGGCAUUCAAGCCAGUCCUCCACUAGUUAUAUCAUCUCCUGCUCUCUCCAUGGUGGUGCCUGCCCUCAUCCUUAGUGCAACACCUGCUCCUGACGCCUCUCUUGCAACAGCAGUCAGAACCAUCAUUACAGCAGCAGAGUUAUCCUUGCUGUUGCUGGCAACAGUUCUCAUCAAUGGCACCAUUAAGAUAUACUUAAGUAUAGAUGCAGAUUCUCAUGUGUAUCAACUCCUCUUUGCAAAAUUACAAAUUGGAGAUGAACGAGAUUUUGAUUCCCGGCUUUAUAUGUGUAAUGAAGCAUUUGAUUAUAUUGAUAAAGAAACAUUGGAAAGACUGAGUGAUAGUGGGCUUCUUCCAGUUUAUAGUAUUUGUGUUCUUGUGCUUUUAAUCUCAUGCGCAAGGUCAUUUUUACUGAAAAUUCCAGAGAGAAACUUAAAAAAUGAUUCUGUGGAUUCUUCAAUAUGUAAUGAGCAUUUUCAUGAGCUAUCAUCCUUAAAUAAAGAGAAGAGCCAUUGCUCAUUGCAUUUAAUGAGAAGUGAUCAAGAAUGUGAGACUUGCAGCCAUGUAUAUAAAAUGGAGAAAUCUAUUGGAAUCGUACAUUCAAGGAAGUUUAAAAAGGAUUCAUCUUCUGAAAAAGUGCCAAAAAAAGAAAGAUGCCUUAACAGUGUUUGUGCUUCAUACAAAUCCUCUCAAGACCAGUCUAUUAUUCAAGGAAGGCCUGAGUUGGUUUUCUUUUUGGGCCUCUCUGUCAUGUGGAGUAUUUUGGCAGCGCUGAUAAUUCGUUUGAAAGUAAUAUGGAUGCCAACUGUAUGUGUAUUGACUGGAGUGUUUGUGGCAGACACACGAGUUUAUAGUUCAUUCAUAAUGAUGGGUGGAAAGUUGUCAAGUUAUUCUCCAAAGUGGUUUCCUGGAUUGUGUAAGACACUCAUCUGCUUCAGUUACAUUGCUUUCAUUGGUCAAAGGUUUUGGGGCAAGAUGUCAUCAGAACUGUGGCCAGAAGAGAUGUAUGAAUUUUGGGAUCCUGACACUGUGGAGCUGAUGGAGUGGAUCCAGUCUUACACACCUCCUGAGGCAGUAUUUGCAGGCUCCAUGCAGUUACUAGCAGGAGUGAAGUUAUGCACAGGCCGACAUAUAACUAAUCACCCACACUAUGAAGACUCGUGGCUCAGACACCGAACACAUCAGAUUUAUCAAAUAUAUGGCCGAGAAGCUCCUGAUGUUGUAUAUAAUGCGUUGAAGACUGCUGGAGCAACACACAUUAUCCUGGAGGACAGCAUUUGCUUUGUUCCUCCUGAUGACAAACACCCUCUCUGCAGACUUACAGAUAUUGUUGACCUUCACAAUAGGCAUAUACCUGAAAGUGGAGGACAUGCUAUGUCAGGCUUACAUAAGCCUCUACACGGAAGAUUUUGUGACAUGAUACGCCACAAAUUGACAGCGUACAAUAGAUUUUUCUCAUUAGUCAUGAGUAAUAAAACUUUCAGGGUCUACAGAGUUGCUACCACUUAGAUGUAAUUUACUAAACAAUUCAUGUCCCGGUAGUACAGUCGGGGUUCAUUCUCAACUCUCAAUCGGGAAAUCUGGGUUCGAAUCCCAGGCAGACAGAAAUAUUGGGCAUGUUUCCUAUCACCUAAUGCUCCUCUUUCCCUACCAGUAAAUAGGUACUCAGGAGUUAGCUUGUUGUGUGAUUGCAUCCUUGGAAGAUCAGUAAUUUGACCCUUGGGGGGACCUCGAUAAAAGACUAUGAUGUAUAUGUACACUGACUGUCUGGCCCUCGACACGAUGAAUUAUAAAUGAUAAUUAAUUAG